AUGAGUGCCACUGACAGCACGGAGCUGGCAGCUGCUGCUCGCUGGGUGGGUGGUGCCCGGAUGGUGGCCGGGACGGUUACUGUCAACAACUGCUCAUCUGUGACCGUCGACGGCUUCACGUACGAUGGCGCUGCUCCCGCGGCCUACUGGUGGUGCGCGAAGUCCAGCUCGCGCGCAGACCUGCUCGCCGGCUUCCGCGCGGCGCCGGCGCGCCUGACGCGUGCCUAUAACGAGGAAAAGGUCCAGGUGGCGCUUGUCCCGCAGGCCGACUUCUCCACAAACUGCCGCGUGCUCGCCGUGUGGUGUGAGCAGUUCGCGGCCAACUUUGGUGACGUCACCAUCACGCCCGCCGCCAAAAAGGCGCCGCCGGCUGCACCCCGCGCAACAACGGGCGCCGCCACGCCCGCGUGCGCCAACGGGGGGUUCAGCGGAUUUGAGGGCGACCUGAGCACCCUAGAGCACCAGGUGGCGGGCCGCGUGCGCAUUGGGCCCGACUGCGGCGUCUCUGUCAAGGGCUUCACCUACGACGGCGCUGCCCCGGCCGCCCACUGGUGGUGCGCCGAGUCCAACUCGCGCGCAGACCUGCUCGCCGGCUUCCGCGCGGCGCCCGCGCGCCUGACGCGCGCCUACAACGGGGAACAGGUGUCCGUGCCGAUCGUCCCAAACGCCAACCUGUCGGGCAACUGCCGCAUACUGGCUGUGUGGUGCGAAGUUUUCAAGGCCGAUUUUGGGCAUGUGGUCCUUGGUGCACCUGCCAAGACCACGGCGGGCAGUGCUGCAGUCACUGCAUCGCCCACUGAUGUCACUCGUGCUGGCGGUAAUCCCACUAUGAAGAUGACGUCGGUGCUGCCAGCCGGACCUACAUACUGCCGCGAGCUUCUCAGCGGCUCUCUUCAAAUCGUGUGGCCGAAGAGCGUCGCGGGGUCCAAGACAAUCAACGCCACGCUCAUUGCGUCCGGCCUGCCGCCCCGCAGCUGGAUGGCGUUUGGAUUCGCAGACCCCGCCAAGAAGAGGAGCGCUAUGAUCGGGUCCGACGUCGUCGUUGCAGGGAUCCUCCCCUCAGGCGAGCCGUUUGCCGUCGAUUACUACCUUGGAUCCCAUGAACAGUGCAACUACGCGUCCGGCGCCAACAAGGGCGUGUGCCCCGACGCGGGGCUGCUCGGCGUCCCCCCGGGGUCCCCAGCGGCCAACAAUGUCAAGCUGCUGGCGGCGAAGAAGGAGGGCGGCGUCAUAUCCGUCACGUUCUCUCGCCCGGCAGCGGCGAGCGACAGGUUUGACCGGGACUGGCCCACCGGCCCCUCGCCUGCGUUUGUGGUGUUUGCGACGGGCCCCUUGGCGGAGGGGUCCACUGUGGCACAGCCUGCGGUGCUGUACCACGGCCCCGUAAACCACAGCCCAGAGGUCCCUGUAAGCCUCCAAUUCAGCUUUGGCACGCCCUCCACCUGCACCAAGCCGCUGACCGCGGCCCCAACCAGCGCCAGUGCUGGCACCGGCCUGCUGCCAGCGCCGGAAGGGGCGAGGCAGCCGGUGGCGACCCUGUCAGGCGUGACCGCGUUUGACGUGACCAUCGGCACCAACCUCAACUACCCCAACCCGCCGGGCUGGGGCCUCAGCUACUGGAUCAACGGCCGCGAGAGCCCUGUGCUGCGUGUGCUGCGGGGCACCACCUACACCUUCAAGAUCAAGGCGAGUGCUGCUGGGCAGGGCCUCCCCUGA